UCCGUGUUUCAUCUUUUUUAGCAAAGAUAGUUGUAUGUUUGCUGAAUCAUGUCAUGGUGUUAAACAACAUGCUCAUUACAUAUAAAUAACAACAUUUGCUGCUUGUUAAUCAUCAACUAAAUAUUAAUUAAUUUACAACAGGAGUUUCUUAACUCUCAAUAUUCAAAAUGGCUGGGGGAGAUGCAGAGAAGGGGAAAAGAUUCGCCAUCAUUGGUGUGUCAGCCUUGUUAUUGGUGGCUAUGGUUGUGGCUGUCAUAGCUGGCGUGAGCCAUGAUCAUGAGUAUGACAAUGAUAUAGAAGACAACAGGAAGCACAUUGCAACAACUUUAAAUGCAGUGCAAACCAUUUGCCAUCCCACUGAUUACAAGGAGGAAUGUGAGGAAAGCCUGAUAGCAGAGGCAGGAAACACCACUGACCCAAAAGAGCUUAUUAAAAUUGCAUUUGACAUUACAAUUAAGAAGAUUGGUGACAAACUUGAGGAAACAAAUUUGUUACAUGAGGUUGAGAAUGAGCCUAGAGCCAAGAUGGCACUUGACACAUGCAAACAACUCAUGAAUCUUUCAAUUGAGGAGUUAACAAGGUCAUUUGAUGGAAUAAAAGAGUUUGAUCUCAUGAAUUUGGAGAAAAUCCUCAUGAAUGUUAAGGUUUGGCUUAGCAGCGCGGUCACAUACCAAGAUACAUGCUUGGAUGGGUUUGAGAACACAACUAGCAAUGCUGGUAUGAAGAUGAGGGACCUAUUAACAACAAGCAUUCACAUGAGUAGCAAUGCCCUUGCUAUUGUCUCUGACCUUGCCGAUACCGUCUCGGAUUUCAAUGUCACAAAGUUAACCGGACGUCGCCUCCUCCAUCAGGAUGAUUCUGAGACUCCCUCAUGGGUUGAUCAUGACCAUCGCAGACUCUUUGAUUCAAAGAAAAAUAUAUUCAAACACAAGCCUAAUGUGACUGUAGCCAUUGAUGGAAGUGGAGAUUUCAAGACCAUCAAUGAGUCAUUGAAGAAAGUUCCUGACCAUAAUGAAAAUCCUUUUGUGAUUUACAUCAAGGAGGGUGUUUACCAAGAAUAUCUUGAAGUUACCAAGCAUAUGACCCAUGUCGUGUUUGUGGGUGAUGGUAGCAAAAAGACACGAAUUACUGGCAACAAAAACUUCAUAGAUGGGAUUAACACCUAUAGAACCGCCACUGUUGCUAUUCAAGGAGAUCAUUUUACUGCCAUCAAUAUUGGUUUUGAAAACUCUGCUGGACCCCAAAAGCAUCAAGCAGUAGCAUUGAGGGUUCAAUCAGACAAGUCCUUGUUCUACAAUUGUUCAAUGGAUGGUUAUCAAGAUACACUUUAUGCACACACAAUGCGUCAAUUCUACCGUGAUUGUACCAUUUCAGGUACCAUUGACUUUGUCUUUGGUAAUGGGCUAGCUGUUUUCCAGAACUGCACUUUUGUGGUCCGAAAGCCUAUGAAAAACCAGCAGUGCAUUGUGACUGCACAAGGCAGGAAAGAAAGGCAACAACCAACAGGAAUAAUCAUCCAAGGGGGUUCCAUUGUGUCUGACCCUGAGUUCUACCCAGUGAGGUUCGACAACAAGGCCUACCUCGCUCGUCCAUGGAAGAAUUUCUCCAGAACUAUUAUCAUGGACACCUUUAUUGAUGAUUUGAUUCAACCUGAUGGUUACUUACCAUGGCAAGGAUUGGAUGGACCUUCCGGCAUGAACACCUGCUUUUAUGCUGAGUACCACAACACUGGCCCUGGUUCAGACAAAUCAAAACGUGUGAAUUGGGCUGGGAUCUGGAACCUCAAUUCAGAAGCUGCACAUUGGUUCUCUGCAUCCAAAUUCUUCCAUGGAGAUGACUGGAUUCGGGCUACUGGGAUUCCUUACUUCCAUGGCAUUCCCGACCAUCAUAGGCAUAAGAAGACAUUACUUAAUUGGUUAUAGGAAUGACUUGUGCUCAAGAGAGUCAUGCACCAAAUUUAUUCCUGUGUAAUUCAAUUCUUUCUCUCAUUUUAAUUCCAUUUAUUAAUUUUGACAUGGG